AUGAUGAUGAUGGUGGUGGUGAUAUGGGUUCCUGCUGCUUCACCACCUUCGCCCGCUCUCUUCUCUCCCGGUCCUUCUAGUGCGUUGCCCUUGGCGCAAGUCCGCCCAGCCGCUCUGCAGUCGGUCUUCACCACACCCACUCCUCUCCACCGCACCGUCCCGCACAUCUACGAUGCUGUUUAUGCUCCCGAUUCCGUUGCUCGCCCUCGCCUUUUGCUCCCUCGUCGCGGCUCAGACCUCCACAUCCGGGACACACGCCGCUUCCAGUUCAUCCGUCUCGGGCACAUCGACUGGAACCGCGACAUCGGGAUCCUCAACAGGAUCAUCGACAGCCUCCUCUACCUCCUCUGCGAACCUUCCUUCCUUGAGCGGCUUGUCGGAAUGUGCUCGACAAAGUUCACUUCGGAGCUCAUCGCCUGCAUUGCUGGUACUCAGUGCACGUCGGAUCUCGCUGCGGUAGAGAACAUCACCGAGCAAUUCUGCGCAGUCGCCUCCACGAGCACCUCCCUCACCUUCCCGCCUGCGACGGCCACAACGUUUUCCAAUCCAUUCUCAACGGCCUCCAACACGUCCUCCACGGUGUCGACCUCCACUGCGCCAUCGAAUGUGUCAUCAACAUCGACAUCAAGCACGACGAGCACGAGCGCGACGACAACGAACAACGUUGCGCUUGGCUCCAGCUUGACGUCAGGCGCGGGGGUGGUGGCCGCAGCUGUGUUCGGCUUGGGAGGCACGCUGCUCGGUGUCCUCCUCUAA